ACUCACACACAGAAACGAGGAGUAGAUGCAAGAAAAAAAAGAAAGAAAGAAAACAAGACCAAGAAGAUGCAGACGAAAAGCGCCGGAAAGCAACAACACGCCUCUUCCCCCCACCCCAAAUCUCGUAGUUAAUGGCGGCCGCUUCUACCGUAGUAGCACUAGUAGCCUGCCUAAUGGCGUAGUAGCUAAGUCGCAGUCGCAAGCAAAGGCAAGCCCCGGCCGGAGGUCGCUGCUGGGUGGCUGCAACCAGAAAGAUUUAGCAUCUCUGGAGAUUUUGUUGUCGUCGUCGGUGGCCGUGGCGGUGGUGGUUCUUCUCUUCCCUGGCUAUCGUUUUCUGCUGCGGUUGGAGGGAGAGAGGGAGAGAGGAAAAGGACUGCGAGGGAGCUCGUCGUUGCAAGGACUGGGAGUACGGCGGUGGUUAUUUAUUGGAGGCGUCUUAUCUGCUGCAGCAAGAGGAGGAUAUCAAGGCUUUCAGAGGGCUGACGAGAUAGUAUGGGCAGAAGCUAUUCCCAGUUCUGAACAUAGCUUCAUAGCCUUCUUGAUUGGUGCAUUCAUAUCUGAGGUGGAUGCAGGCAUGUACAAGAACCAGCUGCAGGAGCUUGCUCAGAGGAGCUGCUUCAACCUGCCUUCCUACGCUUGCAUCCGCGAGGGACCGGAUCAUGCACCACGGUUUAAGGCUACAGUUAAUUUCAAUGGCGAAUCGUUCGAGAGCCCGACAUUCUGUUCCACCUUGCGGCAGGCAGAGCACGCGGCAGCUGAGGUGGCGCUCAAUGAAUUGUCAAAGAGGGGGCCUUCAUCAUCACUUGCUGCAAAAGUCCUGGAUGAAACUGGGAUCUACAAGAACCUUCUACAAGAAACUGCUCAUCGGGCCGGUUUAAAACUGCCUGAGUACACUACUAUUAGGUCUGGGCCAGGGCAUACACCAAUGUUCACGUGCACAGUGGAGUUAGCAGGAAGGAUCUUCACUGGUAAUCCUGGCAAGACCAAGAAACAAGCUCAAAAAAAUGCUGCUAUGGCUGCCUGGUCUGAAUUGAAGCAAUUGCCUCGAGUUGGUGAGGCAGCGUCUUCUUCUCCAUUGGAUCAUGAUGAUGAGGAGCAGGAACAGGUCAUAGUUGCCCGUACUCUUGAAAGCUUGAACCAGACGAAUGAAGGCAAGUCAGCACAUCAAAAGGAGAAACAGCAAAGCAAUAACCACCCGCCACCCCGAAGAUCUCAUCCUAAACCAUACGUGUCAUUUCAGCGGUCACGUUUACAAAAUCAGACGUACUCAAAUGUUUCACCAGAGCAAGCAAUGUACCAUUGGCGCCAGGUGCAACCAACACAACAAAAGCCUCAUUUUCCAAUGGUUCCAGUUAUGGGCAAUACAAGGUUUCCAUCACCACCAACAAUGCUCUCCAUGUAUCCUCCUCCACCUCAAGGGCAGUUCCCUGUGCCAGCUAGCCAAGAUAACUUAGCUCUUCUUCCAUGCUUUCGUGAAGCUGCUUCUGUCCUUCCACAGUACUUCUCACCUUACCCUGCCUCCUAUGUAUCAAGGAGUCCAUUGCCAGUCACCGUUCACGCAAUGCAUGGUGAGAGGCAAGGGUGUACUCAAAUGGUUGAGCUUCCUGAUGCUGUGGUUUUCUCUCGAUACGCUGCUUCAGCUUCAUCUAGUACUUCAGAAAAGGGUGCUCCAAGUAAGGUUCAAGAACUGCCUGAAAAUGGGAAAGAUGCAUAUACUGAGAGUAGUGCCGCACCCGAGGAAGAGAAUAGAGCUCCUCAGACUUCCUCGAGCUCCACAUCACGUUCAGUAUCGCAGAAGUUGGAACCAAAUAAAAGCAAAGAGUCAAAUAAGCCCACAGAACAGCCACCAAAGUCAUCAUCGACUCGGGUUAGUUCAUCUGUUGUACAAAGACCUAUCCAGCGAGAGUGUUAUCCUAGUUCCAUUCAGCACGUCGAGCCUAUCCACAGAAGUAAUCUUCCGUUCAGCAUGGCGACAUCACCUGAGUUAUGGUCUCCACACAUGCAGGCUCCAGCAACUCCAAUGAAUACAUCAGGUUCGUUCUACGAGCAGCGGCCUCAUUGGUAUGCGGCUCCGGUUACAGUCAGAACUGCCAUCCCUGUGUGCUCAGCUAGGCCAAAUGCUGGGAGCUCUAGCGCCGGAGCACAACCUGCUGUUCGGAUCCUCUCUAGAAAUGAACCUGAAGCUCACAGGAACACGAGAGACACCAGCAAGGCUGCGACAGCGAGUUUGGAACUUAAUAAGCUCCAUAUCUGAGCUGCGAUUUUCUGUUUAGUUAGGGCUGAGACUUGGCAGUAUAUCAGUUUUGGUUGUUUCUGUUCUUAUUUUCCUUGGGCUAUCUAGAUAGAUAGAAUGAACUCUACAAAUAGUUUGAGUGGUCAUGCUCAGCCAUCUCCAGGCCUGUUAGAUGCUAUAUAUACCACUAUCUUGUCACGAAAAAUGAAUGAGAACAAUAACAUAUCCGGUGUUGGAAACUUCGUCGUGUAUUUGAGAUGACACAAGUCAUGCGAAUGAUUAACUUUUCCUAGAA